UGAACUGCAACGGACGUUACCAGUUUUCGCCGUUAUCGUUGUCGUUGUCGCUGUCGCUGUCGGUGACGGUUUUGUUGUUGUCGCUUUCGGAGUUCUCGGUGGGGUCGGAGUUGCAGGCGAGGGUGCUAUGAGCCACCAACAGUUCCAUCACUAUCAUCAUCACGACCAGCUGCAGCAAGUGCAAUCGGAAUCGGUAUUGAAAGGGAACUCCUCUUCCGACUUGGGCUGCGAAAGGAAUCCACAGAAUCUGCAUAAUCCGGGCCACUCCACUACCGCACGCGGCAUCGGCGGCGGUGGGUCAAUGGACCUUCGUAAUCUCUGCCAGCGUCUCGAUGUGGAUCGCCUGAGAGCCAAGCUGCCUUCGCUGCCUUCGCUGCCUUCGCUGCCCUCGCUGCCCUCGCUGCCGCAACUGAAGCUCCCGAAAUCGCUCCCCAAGCUCCGCGGUCGCAAGGUCUUCCGCAGCUCCAGGAGAAACCACAGCAGCAACAGUAACAAGGAUGGGGCCGGGGGAGCAGCAGUCAAAGGAGUCGACGGCGGAGGAAUGUGCACGCUGCCGUUGCCGCUACCACAACAGUCGCAGCAGUUCAUCAACCGCACACCCCAGAGGAUCUCCACCAUCAGCUCGUUGAUGUACGAGGAGCAGCAGCAGGAGGUGGGCACGGGCAUGGGAAUGGGAAUGGGCCAAGGAACAGGACACAGACAGCCAAGCACCUAUCGAAGUGCGGGGAGUCUGGAUGACGAUUAUUAUGCACCGGACAGCGGAGUCGGGGACCGUGCCUCGCGACCCAUUAGCCCCGUUAAGAUUCCGUCAGCCCCAGUGGAAGGUGGAGGCCAGCCCCCGACUCUGACGCAGCGCAUCCAGAGGGGCUACAAGAGCCUCAGCGAGCUUCGGCUGAAGCAUCUGUUCACCAAGCAGACGAUCCUGAGGCGGGACGACAUCGAGGUGGACCGCUACGUGGAGCAGUACGAGGCCGAGCUGCGAUCGGAGCGGCGGGCACUGGCGCGCAGGGAUCGGGAGAUAGCCGACAACUACGACAUUCGAUUCAAGACGCUCGCUAGAUCCGGACAGAACAGUCCCGACCGAGAGGCCGGACAGGCGGAGGAGCGCACGAAGACCCAGAAGCCGCGCAGCGUGGCCGAGCAGAGUGGAGAUGAGAGCGGAAUGGAGGGCACACCACCACUGCCUGCGAGAAGCAGGAAGCCGGGCAUUGCAGCCACGCGAUUCGCCAAGGUCCGACAGCCGCCGCUGCAAAUGGAAGAGCAGGAGGUGCAGCGGGAGCGCGAGGAGCAGCCGGAUCGGGAGGCUUCGCCGCGUCGCAGCAGCUAUAAACAGCUGUUCCAAAAGCUUCCCAGCUUCCCCAACACCCUUCACAGUCUCCAGAAAGGUCGCAGCAAGGAGGAGAAGGGUGCGGGGGAGGCGGCAUCGAGCACACCUCAAACCCCUCCACCGAAGUCGGCUAUCCGCAAAAACAUCAAGAGGCUGCGCAAGUCCAUCAAGCGGCCAGCGAAGCUCAAGGAGAAGCAGCAGCAGCAGCAGAAGGCAGUCGACGAUUCGGACGAAGAGCCGCAGCAAGGGAGGGAGAGCGACAGGGACAAGGAGCCACCAGCCAAGUCCUCUGGCAAUCUGAGAGCCCGCCUCAGUCGAUUUGCCUCCACGGAGCAGCUGCAGGAGCGCUGGCGCAAGAGCUUCAAGACCGCAGCAACCAAAUCGCAGGAGAGCCCCAAAGGGGGAGCAGGUGCGGCGGCAGGAGCAGGAGUGGGAGCAGCGACCGGAAUGGCCAUUGGAGUCCAACUGGAGCGAACCCUCACGAAGCUCAACGAGAAAAUGCAUCAGCUCAAGUUUUUUCCGCGCCAGGGAGGGGCAGCCUCCUCCCCCUCGGAGACAGUCGGGGGGCAGUCCAAGCCGAACACUGUCGGGCAUGAGCCCGUCUUUAUUGACGACGAUGAGGAGCUGGCUGCCACUUACCAUCACAGCGAUAGCGACGAGGACGAAGAGGAGCGUGGCAGCCAGGACAGCGGACACGAUGUCUGUGCUGCGGAGGCAUUUGGGCAGCAGGAGGAUGACAGCGAGGAUGGGGAUGAAGACGAAGAGGAAGAGACACAGAUGGAGCACCCCCUACCAGGAACUGCGUCCGCCCACGCUGCUCGACAAAUGGCGACGCUGGCUGAGCUACAGGCGGAGGCGGCAAAGGGGGGAUGCCCAAACGGAGGACGCUCCUUCGCGGCCUGGAGCAGCGAUUCGCUGGAGGAGAUCCCCGACGAGGACUACCCCCGAGUGCUCAUCCACCAGGAGCACACCGACGACUCCUGCGAGUCCACGCUGAUCAUCGCCGUAGCCACAAAGACCUCGAAGGCAUCAUCGCCGGCCCUUGUCCGGAGCCCGACGCCAACCCCGACCCCGACCCCGACCCCAACCGGCACUACCACCCAGUGGCUGCUCAACGAACCGACGGAGCAGCAGCCGGGAGGGGCGGAAGAGGCUGAAUGCUGGCCUGGUCCCCGGCCCCUGUGCAAGCCUAAGAGCAUUGAUAUCUUCGAGGCCUCGGGGGCCGCGUUCGCCGACUUCGAUGAGGCGCUCCGCAACGCCCCCAUUCUGAGGAUCAGUGCCGGGAGCAGCUGCGAUACGAGCGGCGAGGAGGCGGACGAUAGCAGCUCCAGGGUCACAAGAAUACGGAUUCAGACCUCCCCAAAGAUCGGCAACAGCAGAGAGAGCCUGAUGGCCCAGGAGCGGGAGGACGAGCAAGAGCAGGAGCAGGAGGAGGCGAAGGAUGCGGUGGAGGAGGAGGAAAUGGAGAGGCGUGCUCUGGAGCGUCCCCCGUCCGCCUCGCCUCCACCCCCGCCGCUUCCAAAACGGCGUCCGCCGCAGCGCAGAAUCUUUACUCCGCCACCAGCGCCCAUCUACGAUGCAGUGCCUCCGCCGCUGCCCACCAGCAAGCCCCCGCCCCUGAGCAUGACCAUUCCUCCCAAUCGCGCUGCUUCUCCUGCUGUUCCCGCGUCGCUCCCAGCGGUUUCGUCCCUCCCGCAGAGGAGCCGUGCCUCCAUGACGCGCCCGGCCAAGCCGCUGGUCAAGACCAGCUCUCUGCGGCUCACCUACAACGAACAGGUGCUCCCCGGCGACAUUGGUAAGGUGAACAAGCUGAUCUCCCGAUUCGAGGGCGGCCGCCGGCCUCGCCUCUGUCCACGACGGCUCCACAGCGAGGAGUACGAGCUGACCGCCACCUCAGCCAGUUUCAACUGGGACGAGGAUCAGGAUGAUGCAGCGGAGGAGGAGGAUAAUGGACAGAAGGAGGAGGCAGCAUCUCCCAUUACUCCCACCAAUCGACCAGUAGUCAUACCAGAGAUCGUUACCACGCAGCCGAGCAACAACAACAACAACAACAACAACAGCCACAGGAGGAGGGAGAAGGAGGAGGAGGAGCUCCUGACCAUGGAACUGUCUUUGGAUCGCCAAAACUCCAACUGCAGCCGCUCGGAGUACGGGUCGCCCCUGGCCUAUCCCUACCCCAGCAGGCGCCGCAGCUCGGCGGCCACUGGAGCUCCCCCUUUCACGCUGCCUGCUCCCCAGCAGCAACAGCAGCAGCAGCAGCAGCAGCAGCAACAGAGACAGCAGGCACGACGCAGCCGACGAUCCAUGACCCGCGACGAUGAAAACUUUUACAGCUUCGACAGCGACGAAGAGAAUAGCUACUACUCCAUUAGCCCAUCGGGCAGCAGUCGCUACGUGGUGGAGAUUUGAGCAUACAAGAGAUACCAAUGUACCGUCUAGGGUCCCAUAAGGGAUCACUUAUGGGACUACGCUCCCAUAUCGCUUUCAGUCGCGGGCUAGGCUCGACGGGUGCCUCGAAGUGUGUAUAGCCGGGGGUUACCCCAGCAUCAAUUAAUCCGAUUUAUUUACACAAACAGGAAAUCCUUUUUGCCAGACUGCGAGCUGGAUCUACGACAUGUAUCCUACACCCUACACACGGGUAUAUAUUCAGAUACAUAUAUAUAUGUACAUAUAUAGGAUGUAUGAUAGUGAUGGGAAUAUGAAGGACUAGUUUGCAUCGUACAUAAUCUCCGGAUCGACUGUAGUGCGCGAUUGAUCUGCAAGGGUAUGCACAUCCAUUAAACGUCUACUGGAAUUAAUGGAAGUGCGACCCCUCCGCACGGCAGAAUAUAGUACAUAUAUUUUCCAUAUAAUCGUGCAUAUUAUAUAAUAAGAUGAUCUGUUUUUUUUUUUUUGCUAAUUGUGUAAGCGUUUAUUUGGAUAUAGAUAAAGUAUAACAACGAAUUAAAAAAACCUA